UAGUAUUGCAGAAAUGUCCUCACACAUAUAUAUAUACAUACAAGAGGGUAUUGAUAAGUGUAAUGAGAUGAGAGAAUGGAUGAAGACUCCAAGUGGUAAAGCCCUUGUAUCCUCUCUGUCUCGUCAUUUCCACACGGACAGUUAUUCGGACAGACAAAACCUUACGACAUUGUUCAACAAAUAUGUCGACAAGACCAAUGUCUUCUCCUGGAACUCCGUCAUCGCAGACCUCGCUCGUAGCGGCGAUUCCGUUGAAGCUCUUCGCGCUUUUGAUUCCAUGCGAAAGCUUUCUCUCUCUCCCAAUCGUUCCACUUUCCCUUGCACCAUCAAAGCAUGUUCUUCUCUCCUCGAUCUUUUCUCCGGCAAGCAAACCCAUCAGCAAGCAAUCGUCUUCGGUUACCAAUCCGAUGUUUUUGUCUCGUCGGCGCUGAUCGAUAUGUACUUCAAGUGCGGUGAAAUUAGGGAUGCUCGGAUACUGUUCGACGAAAUUCCCCUGAGAAACAUCGUCUCUUGGACCUCCAUGAUCACAGGGUAUGUCCAAAACGGAAAUGCCCUCGGCGCCAUUUCUCUUUUCAAGGAAUUCCUGACCGAUGAAAAGGAGGGUUGUGCAGAUGAUGCUUUAUCCGUUGAUUCUGUGGCUAUGGUUUCAACCAUCUCGGCCUGUUCCCGCGUUAUUGCCAAGGGUUUGACAGAAUCAGUUCAUGGUUUUGUUAUAAAGAGAGGCUUUGAUGAGGAUGCGUCUGUUGGUAAUACUCUCUUGGAUGUGUAUGCAAAGGGCGGGGAAGGAGGUGUGGUUGUGGCCAAGAAGGUGUUUGAUGAAAUGGCCGAAAAGGACAAUAUUUCGUAUAAUUCGAUCAUCAAAGUGUUUGCUCAGAAUGGUCUGUCUAGUGAGGCUUUUGAAGCUUUCCGCAAAAUGGUGAUGGAUAGUGAUGCAAGCUUCAACUCCAUCACACUCUCCACUGUGUUGUUGGCCGUUUCACAUUCGGGUACUCUCCGCCAUGGGAAGAGCAUACAUGAUCAGGUGAUAAAGACGGGUUUGGAAGAUGAUGUGAUUGUUGGUACCGCCAUCAUUGACAUGUAUUGCAAAUGCGGAAGGGUUGAGACCGCUAGAAAAGCAUUCGAUCUUAUGAAAGUUAAGAACGUGAGGUCAUGGACUGCUUUGAUUGCUGGCUAUGGAAUGCAUGGCCGAGCUUCAGAAGCACUAGAUGUCUUCUAUCGUAUGAUCAACGCUGGGGUAAAACCAAAUUACAUCACAUUUGUAUCGGUCUUAGCCGCUUGCAGUCAUGCCGGUCUUCUUGACGAAGGAUCGCUCUGGUUUAACACCAUGAAGGACAAAUUCGGUGUGGAACCCGGUCUUGAACACUACGGCUGCAUGGUUGAUCUUCUCGGACGCGCCGGGCAUCUUCAGAAAGCAUGGGAGCUGAUAGAAACGAUGAAGAUGAGGCCAGACUCUGUCAUCUGGAGUUCACUUCUAGGCGCUUGCAGGACUCACAAGAACGUGGAACUCGCUGAGAUAUCUGCAAAUCAUCUGUUCGAGUUAGACCCUAAGAAUUGCGGGUAUUACAUGUUACUGUCACACAUAUAUGCAGACGCGGGACGGUGGAAGGACGUCGAGAGAGUUAGGAUACUUAUGAAGGAUCGAGGACUUGUUAAGCCACCGGGGUUCAGUCUGAUUGAGUUGAAAGGUGAGAUUCAUGUGUUCUUGGUUGGAGAUCAAGAACAUCCUCAGAGUGAGGGAAUCUACAAGUUCUUGAAGGAAAUGGACAGGAAGCUUCAAGAGGCUGGUUACGUGUCUAACACGGCAUCGGUCUGUCACGAUGUCGAUGAGGAAGAGAAGGAAAUGGCUCUUAGGGUUCAUAGCGAGAAACUGGCGGUCGCGUUUGGGAUCAUGAACACGGUCCCUGGUGAGAUGAUUCAUGUGAUAAAGAACCUCAGAGUAUGCAGCGACUGUCAUAAUGUGGUAAAGUUGAUCUCUCGGAUCGUUGAUAGGCAGUUUGUGGUGAGAGACUCCAAGAGGUUUCAUCAUUUCAAAGAUGGGUUUUGUUCCUGUGGAGAUUACUGGUGAAAUGUACUAUAUAGAGAGAGGCAGGUGGUUCGUGCAUUUGACGCGCCCCAUCCGCGCGUCCUUGUAGCAUUUUGAAUUGGAUUAGAAACGUUUGCUCUCAA